UUUUACCAAAUUUGAUGAACUACAAGUUUUUACUGUUCGGUGCGGGUAGAUAUUGGUUCCAACGUCAACAUUUCUCAGACUUGUUCAGAAUGAGAAGAUAUAUCAUCGAUAAAAUUACAGAUGGAUAUGCUGAGGUCACAGCACAUGGACUCGACUAUAAUUAUGAUGAUAGAACAGGAAAAUUAAGCAUAUGGAACAUGUCAUUGUUCAUGGAUGGUGGAGAAGAGUCGGUCGAGAGAAAUGGCUCUAUUUAUGACCGUCCAAAGUUACAAUCAAAAGAUACGUCUUUCGUUCUAAUCAAACAAGUCCUUACGGUCGAGCCAUCGUUUUACAGUUACGAUUUUAUGUCUAAUAUAUCAUUUAAAAUAACGAAAACAUUUUGUAAACCUGGGAGUUCAUCGCUAGUUACAGUGUCAAAACUGUUUGAUAAAGAGAGCGGACAAUUUUUAGUAGAGAGAGUUGUUAAAUUUCUCAGGAUUGAUAACAACACUCGCCGACCCUUGCAAAAUCCUGCUUGGUUUUUAGAAAAGUAUGCAAACAUGGAAGCUUCUCCAUCUGAAGUUUUAAAAAAUACUCUACCAGACCUACCGAAAGAAGUUUUUAAAUACAGAACUGUCAUUCGUUACGGCGACAUGGAUACGAACUUUCAUACUAACCAAUCGUUUUAUAUCAAGAGCUGUUUUGAUUGUGCUUCUGCUGCCAGUUUGAAGAAGAUACUGGUUCACUUCUCUGGAGAUAUAUGCUGGUACCCUGUGGUAUUUUUAAGCGUGGAUUAUCUAGGAGAGAGCUUCCCAGGAGAUGAAAUAAUCAUUGCAAUGUGGCAAGAUAAAGAUGACAUUUCUAGAUUUAGAUUUUAUAUUUAUAAUUCUCAAAAUAGAAAGCUGUUGACUUACGUUGUUUGUCAGUUAGAACUUAAUAGGAUUGUUCAUGAUAAAAUCCUCUCAAACUUAUAACUAACUGCUUUUGAAAACAAUUCCAUAAGUCAUGAAAGAGUAAACAGAGGAACGCAUAUAAACCUUCGAUAGUGAAAUAAAUGUAUAGGAGAUCGGUA